AUGUCCAAGCAAGGAGCAGUUCAUGUGUUUAUUGGAGCCCCAGUUAUUUUAUCCCAUGAGGUGGACAGAGACGAACAGCAUGCUUCAGAUGGUGAUAUGCCCAAGUGGAAUGAACUGUUUUACAUAAAUAAUGACAAUAACUCAUGUUUACAAACAGACUGCCAGGCUUCAAAUACCACCUUGAAAUAUAAUGAAUUAGAUGCUGACAUCGUUGUAAAGAAUAAAUCUGAGGCACAAUCUGUUGAAAGAAACAGCGAUGUGUGUGCCUCUGAUCUGCUCUCCACGUCACACAGUUUUCCUAAUUUUAAAAGUGAAGGACAUAAACGUCAGCAUGACGGCAGAAUAGCUGCUUUGGUAUCCAGCACUAAACAGUUACAGGUAAUUACAAGUCCUCAAAGAACUGUGCAAAAUGGUGAAAUUAUUCAGGAUUAUCUAGAUGCUAUGUUUCCUAGACGACCAGAGCACCUGGAAGAGAAAGGAGUACCUAGUGAGAACAAGGAGGUGACCACAACAGAUAUUGAGUUUCAGACUGUUUUGACAUCGAGCCAGAUUGCCCACCAUGGUCACGAGGUGAUUUCUGAGCAUGGUGUUACCUGUACCCAAACAGAAAAUAAAAGUGAAGAUACAAAUGCUGAAUUUAGUGAACCAUGCAAUUGCAAAGAACCCAUCGCAAAAUCUGAUGGCUCUCUAGAACUUUUUACACCAACAUCGAAUGAUUCUUAUCAAGCACCAUCCUCUAAACAUCUCCCAUCCAAUCAGGAAGAUGUGAGAGAGUUGCCAGGGUUAUCAAACCUUCAUUUUGGGGAACCUAGUCAUUCCUAUAAUUUUAAAAAUGCUGCAUCUAAAAGACCUAGGGUUUUCAAAGACAUGUGUCCUUCUUCAUAUUCUCUCUCCGGAAUGCAACAGAAGUGUAAAAAAUAUAAACCAUCCAGCUCACCAAAUAAAUUACAUUUAAAAAUUAGUCAAGAUACUUUCCUAAAAUGGUUUGACUCAUUAGUAACUCUUAAAUACUGUUCUGACAAAGCUAAAGAAUACAAUAUAUUAGCAGUAGUAGUGCACCCCUGUCAUAUAAAGGAAGUCAAAACGAAACCAAAUGCUGGUAUUUCCAUUCCGUUAGCAACCAUUGUUGUUUUGGAUCACUCAGUGGUUGAACGUAAAGUAGUGUUGUGGAGAUCUGCUGCAUUUUGGACUUUAGAAGUGUUCCCUGGAGAUAUCAUAAUUCUCAAACACUUAAUAGUUUGUGACAAUAGAUGGAAUGAUGAAACAGUACUGCAAUCAACUGCUAAAAGCAAAUUUUUAAAUCUUGGUAGCUGUUCGAUUUUGUGCCAAGACAGCUCAAGGAUUGAAUGCACAGUUCUUAAAGACCUGUUGGAUUAUAUAUCUACCAAGCAUCACUAUCUCAGUAAUCUUCCACCACGGAAGCCUAAGAACAUGGGAUCUAUACCAUAUUUAAAGAUUGAGCAGCUUCAACCAGAAACUUUAGUUCAUUCAAUAUUAAAGGUUACUGAUAUUUCCAUUUUAACAGAGUGCAUUUAUCACUACAAAGGACAGAAGCAAAAUAAAAUAAUUCUGGCUGUAGAACAGAUUAAAGGGCAUACUGGCACCAUUGUCCUAUGGGGAGCCUGCAUUUCUUGGCUUGAUUGGAUAAGACCGAAGAAAGACCACAUUUGGGAAUUUAGACACUUGUUUUCCCACAGAAAUUCAGUUUCUGGAGACAUAGAAUUGCACACUACCCCUUGGUCAUCUUGCGAAUGCUUGUUUGAUGAUGACAGUCGGGCUGUUGACUUUAAAAAGUGGUAUCUUCAAAACAAAGAAAGUAACACAAAAGAAAUGGAUCUUUUAUGUCUCCUAGAUGAGAAAUACACUGGUGACAUUGUGCUUAAAGCAUCUAUUUCAGAGUUGCUAUUUCCUAUGUUGUAUCACCAGCACAUCUCAUUGAAUAUGAGAACUCCCUUUUCACAUAUAAUGGUAUAUUUACCUAAAAUCAUAUACUCGGGCUGUGGAAAGUGCCAAAAAGAGUUAAGGACAGAUGAAAAUCAUGUUUAUGAACAGUGCCUUAGCUGUCUACCAUUCAACAAAGUAACAGAUUUUUAUAGGCCAGCGGUAAUGACUAUUAAGAAUAAGGAGUGUGAAAUUCGUGUUCAUGUGUCUUCAAAUAUUCUACAGAAAAUCUUUCUAAACAUACCUCCCAGUUCACUCAAUAAAGCUGUGUUAUGCUCUAGUACCGUGACAUAUGCAAUGGUUGUAGCAGAUCUGUGCCACUCUCUUUUAGCAGAAACUAGAGAAUCUUACAUUUUAAAAAUAAGUAGCCGCUUUUUGCUUGAUGAAAACAGCAUUCCAUUAGAGCAGGAGUUUAAUCUACUGGACUUUAAUAUCAGUAUUUAA